AUGAUUUGGUAUGUGGCCACUUUGAUAGCAAGUGUUUUCAGCACUAGAGGAACAGCUGCUCAAGGUGUCCACAGAGUACGAGAGGAACCCCAGUUUGUGACGGCACGUGCUGGAGAGACAGUUGUCUUGGGAUGUGAGGUGGCCCACCCCUUGAAUGGCCAGCCGUAUGUGGUGGAAUGGUUUCGCUUUGGAGUACCCAUUCCCUUUUUCAUCAACUUCCGCUUUUACCCUCCCCAUGUGGACCCCGAAUAUGCCGGUAGAGCCAGCCUGCAUGGGAAGUCAUCUCUGCGGAUCGAGAGGGUGCGUUCAGAUGACCAGGGCUGGUAUGAGUGCAAGGUCCUGAUGCUGGAGCAGCAGUACGACACCUUUCAUAACGGCAGCUGGGUGCACCUCACAGUGAAUGCUCCUCCAACAUUCAUAGACACGCCGCCACAGUACGUGGAGGCUAAAGAAGGGGGCAGCAUCACGCUGAGCUGCACGGCGUUUGGUAACCCGAAACCAUCGGUCAGCUGGCUGCGGGAGGGAGACCCACUUCAGGACAGCGCCAAAUAUAAGGUGACUGAUGGCAGUCUGACUGUGCUGUCCGUCAGUCGAGAGGACAGAGGAGCGUACACCUGCCGAGCCUACAGCGUGCAGGGAGAGGCCGUCCACACGACCCGCCUACUCGUCCAAGGACCACCAUUUAUAGUGUUACCUCCUGAGAACAUCACCGUCAACAUAUCCCAGGAUGCAUUCUUCACCUGUCAAGCAGAGGCGUAUCCUGGCAACCUGACCUACACCUGGUUCUGGGAGGAAGAUAACGUCUUCUUCAAGAAUGAUCUAAAGCGCAGGGUCAGUGUAUUUGUUGAUGGCUCUCUUAUCAUUUCCCAAGUGAAGCCUGAGGAUGCUGGGAAAUACACCUGCAGUCCCAGUAACAGCCUUGGCCGACCUCCGUCUGCGUCAGCAUACCUGACAGUGCAGUACCCUGCGAGAGUGGUCAAUAUGCCAUCGGUGAUCUACGUGGCCCUUGGACUGCCCGGCUUCAUCCGCUGCCCGGUGGACGCCAACCCGCCCAUUACAUUAGUCAAAUGGAGAAAGGACGGCCUUCCCCUCCGGAUAGAAAAGUACCCUGGGUGGAGUCAAAUGGAUGAUGGGAGCAUUCGUGUGGAGGAGGUGACGGAGGACUCUCUCGGCACCUAUACCUGUGUGCCUUACAACGCCCUGGGUACUAUGGGCGAGUCACCCCCGGCCCCAUUGGUGCUAAAGGAUCCUCCUAAAUUUCUGGUUGUUCCUGGCGGGGAGUACCGGCAGGAGGUUGGGAGAGAGCUGCUCAUUCCCUGUGAGGCAGAGGGAGAUCCUUUCCCCAACAUUACAUGGAGAAAGGUAGGGAAGCCAAGCAGAAGCAAGCACAACGUACUCCAGAGAGGCAGCUUACAGUUCAAAUCCCUCAGUAAGGAUGACCACGGGGAGUGGGAAUGUGUCGCCACCAACGUCGUCACCACCAUCACUGCCAGCACGCACAUCCUCGUAAUCGGCACAAGCCCCCAUGCCCCGUCCAAUGUCCGGGUCACAGCCUCGACGACCUCAGCCAACGUCUCCUGGGAGCCCGGUUACGAUGGCGGCUUUGAGCAGACAUUCUCAGUUUGGGUGAAGAGAGAGCAGCUGGGCCCUCAUGAUUGGCUGUCCAUGCCGGUGCCUAGUGGACAGCACUGGCUGCUGGUGAUGGGCCUGGAGCCUGAGACGGCCUACCAGUUCAGUGUCCUGGCCCAGAACAAACUGGGAACAGGCCCCUUCAGCGAGGUCGUCACUGUGAAUACUCUAGUAUUUCCUAUAAGUACCCCUGAACCACUGGUGCUGCUUACCCCACCAAGGUGCCUCACAGCCAAUCGGACGCAGCAGGGAGUCCUGCUAACCUGGAUCCCUCCGGCCAAUCAUACAUCGCCAAUUGACCGCUACAUCAUGGAAUUCCGUCUCGGGGAGAGGUGGGAGAUCUUGGAUGACGCAAUUCCAGCUGGAGAAACGGAGCUGUUAGCGAGAGAUCUUGUUCAGGAGGCGUGGUAUGAGUUCAGGGUCAUGGCAGUCAUGGAGGACCUUAUGAGUGAGCCUAGUAAUGUCGUUGGAGUUUCCAGCACAGACUUCUUCCCGCCACCAGAAAUAGCAGAUGAUGGCUUGGAGCGACCAGUGGUGGCAGGCAUCGUGGCCACCAUCUGUUUCCUGGCAGCUGCCAUCCUCUUCAGUACUCUGGCCGCCUGCUUCGUCAACAAGCAGCGUCGCCGUAAACUCAAGAGGAGACGAGAUCCUCAGCUUUCAAUAACACACUGCAGAAAAAGCGUGGAGACUCCGUUAUCUUCUGGGAAGGUGAGUCCAGAGAGUGCCCGCUCCAUAGGACCUCCAUCUGAAUCUUCUGAGGAUGGCAUGCGAGCCAAAAAGUUGCCUCAGAGUCCUGCCAAGGAGAAGGAGCUGAGCUUGUACAAGAAGACCAAGAGAGCAAUAAUUAGCAAGAAGUAUAGUGUCUCCAAACAUGAGGCUGAGGCCACCACCCCUAUUGAGCUGAUCAGCCGUGGCCCGGAUGGUCGCUUUGUCAUGGAACCCAGUGACACAGACACGUCCGUCAAGCCCAGGCGUAUUGAGGGCUUCCCCUUUGUGGAGGAGUCUGAUCUCUACCCUGAAUUCCGACAGUCAGACGAGGAGAAUGAUGACCCAGGGCCUAUGCCUCCUGUGAUGGCCACCCUCAGACCCCACCAAAUCUCCCCUAUGUCCUCCAGCCAGGAGUCCUACCUGCAACCUCCAGCCUAUAGCCCUCGCUUCCACAGGCCCAUGGAGGGUUUGACCAUCAUGGAGAGCAGUAGGCUUCAGACUGCAGGACAAAUCCGAGGUGUCCCUCAUCACUACACUUUCUCUCAUGGACAGCUCUAUGGUUACAUGGGAAGCCCUGGGGAACCUGAACCUCCUCCUCCUUUCUACAUGCCAGACACAAGCCCACUCAGCUCCGUCAUGUCAUCACCUCCUUACCAUUUUGAGGGGCCCUUCAGCCACCCUGCCCUGCCAGAGGAUAUUGGUGAGGGAGGCAUCCAACACUAUGCAGUUUCUGGCUGCUCACUUCCCCUGACCCACACUUCCUCCUCCCGCUCCCCUGACAUCUGGCAACGUCCCGAUUUCUCCUUUGCUGCUUUGGAAGGUCCCCACUUCAUUUUCCCUCCUCAUCACCCCUUGCAUCUUCACCGGGAACCUCCUUUACCUCCCCCACUUCUUCUUCCUCCUAGUGCUCUCCAACCCACCUCCCUCCAGGUUUCCCCUUAUCCUGGCAUCCUGCAGCUGGAGGCCCCAACCAGCCACCCAGGCAAGUCUCCCAGCAAGGCCAAGCCUCAGGGCCUUCCAGCCAAGCGUUUACCUAUGCAAGAGGCACAGAGUCUAGGGCAGCUAAGACACACAAGCCACGGUAUGGGUGUGCCUGUAUUGCCUUACCCUGACCCAGCAUCCCACAUGGGUGGGCCUAGCUCGUUUGGAAGCCUUGACACCCGAUGGUACGAGCUGACCCCCAGGUUCAGCCCCAGACAAGCUCGCAGGAUGGAGCCCAGCAUGCAGGUGGUUCUCCAGCCAUCCCGCCUAUCACCUCUCACUCAAAGCCCUAUUAGUUCCCAAGAGGGUUCACCAGAGAUUGUAGUGCGUCCCCGGCCUCGUCCCAGCAUUAUCCAGCCUCCUGUACCUCCAGAGGUGUCCGAAAUCACCCUCCAGCCACCUUCUGCAGUCAGCUUCACCAGAAGGUCCUCUCCCUCCUCCUCCCCUGCUCAAGGCCAAGGCAGCCAGAGGGCAAGUCCCAGCUACCGCUCCCAUAUGGCCUUUGCCACCUCAGCAACCAGCUACCCUUCCCAGUCCCCAUCACCCCCAAUGGAAAGCAACAACGUUUUUGGCCAAAUGCCAACCCAGAGGAGGACUGAGGAUGAGAUUCUUCCAUCAGAGCCCUCUCCACCCCAGUUAUCAGCUUCAGGAAAACGUCGAGGUGCACCAAGUGGCCCUGUGGGGUCUGAGAGGAUGGAGGCCCUGAGAUAUCAAUGUGUGAAAAAAGGCAAGAGGAUGGCUGUCAACAACUCCAACUCCAAGACCAGAAGAAAAAUUGGUGUGCCCGCCUCUCAGACCCAGCAGCUCCACACCUCUCAGGUCCUCCAGCCCGAAGAAGCUCUCUACCUCCACAAAAAGAAGAGGAAGUUGACCAGACAGGACCCAUAUACCCGCUUCUCUGUUCUCCUGUACCGACGCCCACCCCAGGAGGACCAGAAAGCCAUUUUGGCCAGUAUGGACAUAGCAGACCCAGACCACGCCACUCUCCUCUGA